AACUCCCGCUGUUAAAGAUAUUACCAGCAGAAAUAUCUCCAAUCCAACGCUGGGAAGGAUUUCUCGCUCUUCCAGUGCCUGGAGAAGAACAUAUACAUAAUGCCGGCGGCAAAAAGAAGAAGAUUAAGUCCUCCCGAGGAAGACUCUGCUGGGCGGACGAAUGGCACUACAAAUGCCUUUUACCAGCGCGCAGCAGACUGGGAUCUGGAACAGGACUACGAGAACCGGCCGCGAAAAUUGAAUAAGAAGCAAAAGGAGGCCACUAGAUUACCUAUCAAGACUGCCGAAGGUCGAGUGGAGCAACUUGCGGCCCAACCCACGCAGGGUGAAGGUGAAGACGAUGCCGAUAGUUUCUUAGAUUCUGGCGAAGACGACGGAGAAGAAUGGGGUGGAGCGGAAGGCGGCGAAGAGCAGGAUGAGGAUAAAGAAGAGGAGGAGGAUGAGACGCCUAAGAUUUCCCCAAGGCUACAGAUCAUCAAUGCAAAGGAGGAACUAGCGAAACUGGCUGGACAAGUCAAUGAGGAUCCUGAAGAGAAUUACGGCCUCCUUCACGCCAUUGCCGGUAUCGGUGCCAAAAAAAAUGUCACGGUCCGUAAACUCGUCCUGGCGACUCAACUUACCGUCUACAAAGACAUUAUUCCCGGCUAUCGCAUUCGCCCUCUCUCCGGAGACGACAUGGGAGCGAAACUCUCCAAGGACGUGCGCAAACUACGCAACUUUGAACAGUCACUUGUGGCGGGAUACCAGAACUACGUCAACCACCUUGCUACUCUCAGCAAAGGGACCGGCUCUGGAUCGAAGAAAGGCAUCAGUGCCGAAGACGCGCGCAGCCUUAGCACCGUCGCCAUCUCCUGCGCAUGCAACUUAUUACUUGCCGUGCCACACUUCAACUUCCGUAGCGAAUUGCUCAAGAUCCUCGUGGACAAGCUCAGCCAGCGCACCGUGGACGCUGACUUUGUCAAGUGCCGCGAGACCCUCGAAAAGCUAUUCGAAGACGACGAUGACGGGACACCAUCCCUCGAUGCUGUCUCGCUCCUGACCAAGAUGAUCAAGGGCAAAAACUACCGAUUCGACCCCAGCGUCCUCAAUACGUUUUUGCACUUACGUCUACUAUCCGAAUUCGCAUCCAAGGGAUCUACCGACAAGAUCGACAAGCCUGGCGACGGCGACGACGCUCCCUCCAAGGCCGAACAAAAAGCCCUCGCGAAAGCAAACAAGAAAUCUAACCGCGAAUUCCGCACCAAGCGCCAACGCAAGAUCGACCGCGAGCGCAAGGCGAUUGAGAACGAAAUGAAAGAAGCCGACGCAACCGUUUCCCACGAAGAACGUGACCGAAUGCAAGCCGAGACGCUCAAACUCGUAUUUGUCACGUACUUCCGCAUUCUCAAAGCUCGCACACCUAGUCUCAUGGGCGCCGUGCUCGAAGGUCUAGCCAAGUACGCGCAUCUCAUUAAUCAGGACUUCUUUGGCGAUUUGCUCGAAGCGCUCAAAGAUCUCAUCGGCCAUGCUGAGAAUGAUGCUGCCGGCUACGACAAUGACAAUGACGGAGAAGACUCAGGCGACGAUGGCGAGGACGACAAUGAAUACAGCACGUCCUUUUCCACGCGCAAUACCAGUCGCGAAAGCCUGCUGUGUGUCAUUACUGCUUUUGCACUACUCCAGGGCCAAGACGCAAGUAAAUCCGCCGCGGCGCUGCACUUGGAUCUCAAUUUCUUCAUUACGCAUCUAUACCGCUCGUUGUACCCGCUUGCGUUGAAUGCGGAUAUCGAAUUGGGUCCCAAGUCGUUGCGUCUGCCUGAUCCUAAUAAUCCGAAUGACCACCCCCUCACACAAUCAACCUCCCACAACAAAAUCAACCUGCACACCACCACCGUGCUGCUCCUGCGAUCCUUAUCCGCCGUCCUGCUUCCUCCCCAGGGCCUCCGGGCCGUCCCGCCGCUCCGGAUCGCCGCUUUUACCAAACAACUCUAUACCUCCGCGCUGCAACUGCCUGAGAAGUCUGCGCUCGCAGUCCUCGGCGUCUUGGCCAAAGUGAUGAAAGUGCACGGCCGCAAGGUGUCUGCGCUGUGGUAUACAGAGGAGCGCAAAGGGGACGGGACAUUUGAUCCGCUGCGGGGCGAAGUCGAAGGGUCGAAUCCGUUUGCGACGACGAUUUGGGAAGGGGAGUUGCUCAGACGGCAUUAUUGUCCUGCGGUACGAGAGAGCGUGGAGGGGGUGGAGAAGGGAGUGGUGGCGUCGCGGUAGAAGAAGAAGAAGAAGAUUAAAAUAGUUUGGAUUUGAUAUUUUGGAAGGGG